UCGUACGGUUCAUAUAGUCCUCUGAACCAGCAUGGCGUACUCUACACUGCUCCUGCUUCUAGCAGUUUUCUGUUUGGGAGCCCUGGCGCAGGGGGAAUUGAAAGAAAAGCCUGAGUCAGAAGAGAGCGUUUCUAAAACCCUUGAGGAGCGAAAGGAGAGUGAAGAAGGCGACUGGAAGCCACCAGGUGGAGAAAAGAACGACUCCUACAGUAGCGACUUUGGCUGGGAAGGUGAUGGUGGGAAGGAUACGACUUGGGAUCAGACCUUCGGCGAAAGGUACAACAGAGAGUACAGUAACUACAUGGGCGGCUACAACGACGGUAGGGACAGUUACAACUACGGCAGGGAACUCUACAACACCGCUAGAGAUCUCUACGACUACGGUAGGGAUAUCUACAUCGACGCAAGGGAACGCUACACGUAUACUAGCUACACGGGCGAUGGCUACUCUGGCGGUUACGACAGGAAGUACACUCGUGGUCUGUCUAGCUCUCCUGUUUUUACCUCACCCUACUUCUACUUCUAUGUGGUACUGGUCAAAACCCCUCACUGGGGCAUCACGACCAGGGUGCUGGGUGCACGGCUAAGUGCGGCCGACGCCUGCCCGGCCGGUGUCCCGUACGUGCCGUACGCCUGCCCGGACGCCUCCGCGUGUGAGUCCGCCAUGUGCGGGGACCUGGACCCGAACAGUCCCGACUCCAACAUCACCUGCGUGCCCACCUACUGCGGAGGGUGCCACCACGUCGCCUUCUUCAACAAGACCGACGGCAGGCCCGUCAAGUGUAAGGGAGAACAAACCGGCAAGUGCCCGGCGGUUCCGUACGGCAAGGUUGGCACGUGUGCAGUGGAGUGUGAGACCGAUGACGACUGUAAGGCUGUGGGGAGUAAAUGUUGCUCUAACGGCUGCGGGAUGACCUGUCAGAGGGCAGAGAUGGAGGUUCCGAAAAACUUGACCCAGUGCAGACUGUACCUAGCAGAGGAGGAGGAUGAGGAGGAGGCUGGGGACGUUCUGCUGUGGAUUUUCCGUCCGGACAACCGCGGAGGGAAACUGUUCAGUACCGACCCACUGGGAAAUGGGACCUACUUCCGCCGUUUCCAUGGUGAUAGAAACAAGCUGGGCGCAGAAGUGAAGGAACACUACCCAGAAUCCUCUGAUGUAGUGGCCAUACAGAACGUGGAAUGGCGAGGUAACCUCUCUUCUGAGGGCCUACAAGCUGGGUUCCGGCGCGUAGCUGUCUGCGACUGCGACGACUGUCACCGCAAACCCACCCGGCAGUUUGGAGAUGGUUUUGUUGACGAGGACUCCUUUAUGCCGGACUUUGGCAAAGACCGUGGGUCUUUCAAUGAUGACUUUGGAAACAAGUAUGGGGGCAACUUUGGAGGAGGGUCUAUUGGCGGGAAUUUUGGAGAAGACCGAGGGUCUAUUGGCGGGAAUUUCGGAGGAGACCGAGGGUCUAUUGGUGGGAAUUUCGGAGGGGACCGAGGGUCUAUUAGCGGGAAUUUCGGAAGGGACCGAGGGUCUAUUGGCGGGAAUUUUGGAGGGGACCGAGGGUAUAUUGGCGGGAAUUUCGGAGGAGACCGAGUGUCUAUUGGCGGGAAUUUCGGAGGAGACAGAGGGUCUAUUGGCGGGAAUUUCGGAGGGGACCGAGGGUCUAUUGGUGGGAAUUUUGGAGGAGACCGAGGGUCUGUAAGUGGGAAUUUCGGAGGGGACCGAGGGUCUAUUGGUGGGAAUUUUGGAGGGGACCGAGGGUCUAUUACUGGGAAUUUUGAAGGAGACCGAGGGUCUGUUAGUGGGAAUUUUGGUGGAGACCGAGGGUCUAUUGGCGGGAAUUUAGAAGGGGGCAACUUUGGAGGGGACCAAGGAGGGUCUUUUGGGGGUGAUUUUGGAGGAGACGGUGGGUCUUUUGGGGGUGAUUUUGGAGGAGACCGAGGGUCUUUUGGGGGUGAUUUUGGAGGAGACCGAGGGUCUUUUGGGGGUGACCCAGGUUCGAUGUUCGAUGACAGGGAGCCUGAUGAAAAGAUUCCAAAGAUUUAA